GUUAACAGUAUAGUGCGAGCGGGACGGCACGAGGCGCAAGUGUGACACAGUGUGUCGUGUUCUCGCGCCGUCCCUGUCUGCCCCGCCGCCGCAACUGUUCCACAACUGUGGCGAUGAAGCAACAGUGUUGGUUACAGCUCGGGCGUGCGUCGUCGCCGCGACACGACUGUAGCGAGCGAGCGAGGCCGCGCGAAACGACAUUACAUUCGAAAUUCAAAAAAAUAGCAUUUCAAUAAUCAUCCGCUCUUCAAAAUAAGCAGUUUAAUAAUGUCGACGCUUGAAUUGCUUUUUUCGGUUCAUAGUUACAAGUUUUGAGAUUUGUAAUUUAUUUAUUAGAAGAUCUCAAGUUAUUGACUUUAAUUAUAAUGGAAAUGUCACUUCCGAACGGUGUAGACGUGUCUCAGUUGGUGCAGCAUCCCGUGCUCGCCGCCCUGCCGCCCUUCUUCCUGAGAGCGUCCGAAAGAUAUCAGCGGACCCCGAAGUGCGCUCGGUGCCGGAACCACGGCGUGGUCUCUGCACUGAAGGGGCACAAGCGGUACUGCCGGUGGCGCGACUGCGUGUGCGCCAAGUGCACACUUAUAGCCGAGCGACAGCGCGUCAUGGCCGCACAGGUGAGGAUGCAACGUGCUCUAACAAAUGUUGCUCUGCGUCGCCAGCAAGCCCAAGAGGAGAACGAAGCCCGGGAGUUGAACCUACUAUACGCGGGGCAGCCGUCCAGCGCGCCGCACCACUACGCCGAUAUGCCCGACGGAUCACCAGUUCAGAAGCGCGCUCGCAUCACCGAGGUUUGUUCCACCAGUCCAUCUCCUAUCAACGAACAACCCAGGGAUCCGAAGACUCCAGCGCCGACGCCGCCGCUAGCCACACCCCCGCCCCGCUCUCCUUCUGACCACGAACUAAACGUGGAGGAGGAGCUAGAAGAAUCAGAACCAUCUCUCACUCCCGAAAACCUGUCCAUGAAGGAGUCUCGCGAAGAGAUGCCUGUCAAAAAAGAAGAAGAAAAAUGGGAGAAUAACGAGUUUAAAUACAAAAUGUUUAGACGUAAAGAUCUCCCCGAGCCCGCCCACGAGGAGAGUCAGUAUCAGAAAUCUCCAGUGGACGUGCUAUUGAAAGUGUUCCCGCGACGCAGCCGGCAAGAGAUCGAGGCUAUCCUGGCGCGGUGCAAGGGAGACGUCGUAGCGGCCAUGGACUCCAUGGUGAACGGGCCGGAACCCAAUCCUUACCACGUGACGCAGGAAUCUCCACCUUACCUCCAAAAUUACCAGUCGAAAUCAGCGUUUUCUCCUCUAUCGAACCAGAGUUUCAAGUUCUCCCCGUCACGGCGGUUUCUGACUCCACCUUACAGCGGGACGGGGUAUUUGCCCACUGUAAUCCGGCCGCCACCGGAGUACCUUUCAUCAUUUAUGCCACCUUCAGAGCUGAUGUACGGGAGGCAGCUUCAGGUACCAUCGCCGGGAACCUCUCCCACUUCUGAUAACACGAACAACGAUGGCUUUUCUGAUUAAAGUCCAAAUUUCAAGACUAGACGAAGCUUUUGAAUACUAAGGAUGUUCUGGUUGAUGCAUCAGAAAUUGAAGAAAUAAAAAAAAGUCGGUUGUCUGUAAAGUCGGUUUACUGACGAUAGUUGAACGUGACAACGUCAUAAGAAAAUACUGAUGGAAUGGUUUCAUUUUUCAAUUAUCGCAAUUAUCGUUGCUAUAAACAAUUGACACCACAUUCACUUUUCACUGAACUUCAUACUUGACGAAAACAUGUAAAUUUAUUAUUGUAUAGCAGCUGUCCACGCGGAUGCAUCGCUCACUCAAGUAGGAGAGAGACAGAUGUCAAACGCUGCCGAACGCGGAGGCCGAUUAUGCCUCUUUGUCGCUCGUUGCGCGCUCUCGCUUGCACUUCAAGCCUUAAAUGGAACCCCUCAGAGCGAGGUAACGCCGCAUGAGUUAUGUUUUUUCGUGCGUGCAGCCGGCUCCAUCGAAUUAUAAGACGUUGUCACGUCAAUAUGGCUUCGAAACUAAAAUGGAUGCAUUUAGUGUCACCGUAACUGACUACAAUUGUUCUCCUAACGUCUAAGUGUCUUAAUUAAGAUUUUAAAGUUGCCCGGCGAUGUCAAGCGUGGUUAAUCAGAAGUUAGUAACUGGAUUCUGGGGGAAGAUUCCCUACAAAAUGUAGAAUUAGCGCUCUGCGGUUGGUUGAGUGAAACAAGAAGUAAGGACAGUCAUGUUGCAUUGUAUAGUUGUAGUAAGGUAGAAAGGCAGGGAUCUCUCUGGGAUCAGCGCAGGAUCGGCGGAUCCAGAGGUGCUGGACACCUUCAUGGUGGUGGCUUCAAGAUACCUCAAGGGAGCUGCUAACACUGACGCUUAUGUUACGAUCAAUCUUAGGCCACUCAAUACAUAUGGUACUGUAUCAUCAAUGGCGGAUCCAGGGGGGGUCAUGGGGGUCAUCACCCCCCCUGAGCUGGUUCCAGGACUUGGGUGGACCACUAAUUGAACAUAAUGAUUUUAUUUAUAUAUUUUGUGAUUUUAUGUAACUACAUACCUUCAAUAUUUAAAUAAGUAAUAAUAUUUAAAUAAAUAUACCUACAUUACUUUUUACUUGUGUCUAUUGUUAUCAAAAUUAAAUUAUAAGUUCUUGACUUGACCAGGACUAUUUUGACCCCCUCCUGGCACCAAAGCUGGAUCCGCCCUUGUGUAUCACUAACGUUCAUUCAAAAGUAUAUGAGGACGUGUCGCGUGAUUUGACCAAACUAGACCCAAUUGAGGGGAGGGGAUAGAUUCGUGUUUCACCAUCAGAACGUACUCGAUGGGAACCCGUACUUGUGUAAGUAAAUGUGUUCAUGAGUCAUAAAGAAAUUGCUAGAAAUUCAGAUUACGUCACCGUUGUCAAUGACAUUGACUUGGUUAUUGCCGGUGUGAGUUUUUAAAACAAACCUUUCGCUGCUUGAUCUCGCGUUGCACUUGUUGUAGCUAGCAUUCGUUGAGAGCUCGGAUUGCGACCAGAGCCAUUGACGCUUCAAGAUAUCGAUUCAUUCUAUGUGCUCUUGUAAAGAUGGAUCUUCUUAUUUAUUUAUACUGUAAUACUCAAGCUUGUCUUUAAUGGUCAAUGAACAAACAAAAAUCUGUUUACGAACAGAAGAGACAACUACUGUUUUCCUCUUUAUAUAUUAUUAUAUCGUCUUCUCGCAUUAAAACUGUAUAAUCUCAAAACUUACUAAUUUUACAGGAGAGUGUUUUAAAGUUAACUUGUGAUAUUUUUAAUAUUAUUCAUCAUUGCAACAUUUGUUUUUUUACCAGUUACGUUAUCUGUCUUUUAAAGUAAGAUAAAACUAUGUAUUAAUUUUGUUAAUAGUAGUCAAAACAUAAGUAAACUAAAAAAAAAAGAUUAAAACUAAACUACGCUCUUUUGACAGUAUUUAUGAGAAAAAUAAUUGUGAUACCAAACGAUUCCGCGUAUUAACUCAAUUUCGAAUAUUUUUGGAAAUUGUAAACUUUUAAUGCGAAAAGACGACAUGUCGGAGAAGCUACAAUUAUUAACACCAUCGUCAGACAUUGUAGGGGCGAAUAGGGAGAUCGAGCUGAGAGAAAUAUUGAGUACACCAAUCGCAUUUAGAAAUCUUCUCUUGACGUUAGCAAACGGAAACGAAUGACAGUUCUUAGGACGGAAGCACCGCUCUUCAAGAAGGCUGGUUGGUAAGUGUAAUGGCGUCUACGCGCCUGCAUCGGCUAGGUUCUGUCGUAGCACGAAGUUUUUUUGUUUUUUUGUUGUUGCUUAGAUGGGUGGACGAGCUCACAGCCCACCUGGUGUUAAGUGGUUACUGGAGCCCAUGGACAUAUACAAGGGAAAUGAGCCACCCACCUUGAGAUAUAAGUUCUAAGAUCUCAGUAUAGUUACAACGGCUGCCCCGCCCUUCAAACCGAAACGCAUUACUGCUUCACGGCAGAAAUAGGCAGGGCGGUGGUACCUACCCGCGUGGACUCACAAGAGGUCCUACCGCCAGUUUACCACAAGUUAGCCGAGUUCCGACGACGCGCGAUCGUGCUGCCAUCUCUCGGGAAUCGUGCUGCGUUACGUUUAGCUACCAAACUAAUGAUCGUCUCUGACAUAUCUCUCAUAUAAAUUUCAAUGCUUCAAAAACUUUAUGUUGUAAUAGAAGAUUGGUCCGAUCUUUGUAAUUAAAAUGGCCGUUAACUUCCAAAAACGCGGCAAAACGCUUUUUCUUUACGUGUGACGUCAUUUGAGGCUAAUCAACGAGUUAACUAUAAAUUAGUGACGAACUCAAUGUCGACAUUUAACUUGCGGCCCUCAAGCAUGGUGGAAAGUUUAUAUCAUUUUAAUUUUUUAUACAAUUCGCGAUUAUUGAAGAACAUAGUAUGGUAGGUAUAUUAUAGUGUUGUUAGUAAAAUCCAUAGAGCUAUAUACGACUCACGUACAUUUUGUCAAAAUAAGUCGAUCCUGACUAAUGUAAAUAAUAUUUGAAAUGUGAAAUUAGCAUUGUUAAUGACAUAGUUUAGUAAAGAAUCAUAAAUAUAAGUCAUUAUAUUGAAUGUAGGCUAGUUAGUGGCUCUAUCUUCACUCGUUUAGGGUUUUUUUUGUAAAUAACUUUUAAUUCUAAUAGAUAUUUAUAUUUGACUUAUUAGAUGUUUAAAAAUUAAUGUAAAUUGUAAUAAUUAUAUCAUGAAAUAUAAUUGAUAUGAACGA